AUGCACCAAAUUGACUUCGAUGAGCAAGCCCUCAACGGUCUUGCCUCAAAGACUGUCAUCGUCACCGGCGGAGCAGGCGGCAUUGGCUCUGCGACUGCCAGGAUCUUCAAUGAGCAUGGCGCAAAUGUAGUCAUUGCUGAUGUCCCGUCCACUCAGCCUCUCGCGGAGAAGCUGAUUGCCUCACUUCCACACCCUUCACGCGCGAUGUACGUGCCAGUAGAUAUCGUCGAUUGGGAACAGAUGCAGGGUCUGUUUAAGCGGGCUGUGAAACGGUUUGGUUCUAUCGAUACAGUUGUGGCGAAUGCUGGGAUCAUGGAGUCCAAGAGUGUCCUUGAGCUAGAUGAGAUAGAUGAGAAUGGGGAGUUGAUGGAGUCUAAGGAAGCGUUCGAGGUUAUUGACGUUAACGUGAAAGGGACAUUCAACACACUGAGGCUGGCCAUGCAUUACAUGAAGUCUCUUCCAGGAACUUCAGAGCCUAAAUCUAUUAUCAUGGUCUCCUCAAUCGCGGGCUACUUUGGCGGAGCCGAUUUAGCAGCCUAUACCACAUCCAAGCACGCGAUCAUCGGCCUCCUCCGCGAUGCACACAAAGCAGCAACGAAGAACAACAUACGUCUCACGGCCAUCGCGCCUUCCUUGACCCCUUCGCGUCUGACAGCCGGCUUGCUCGAGCCAUGGAAGAAAGCUGGAUACGAGACGAACAAGCCACAGUCAAUGGGGGAGGCGAUUGCGCAGUGCUCGGUCGAUAAAUCGAUCGUUAGCGGGAGCUGUAUUUUAGUAUGUCCUAUCCAGUAUUGCUCUCUUCAAUUUCCGGCUGUGGUUUGACUAACGAAGUAUACAGGUCGCUCAGAAAUUUCGACGCGAGCUGGAAUUGACCAGAGCUGGUCUGAUGGGUCAGUGGAUGGGAGAAGAUGCGUUGGGACUUGUGGC